AAGAGAGGGGAGCUUCAUCGAGUUCUGUCAGUCUAUCUUAUCCUCGGAGGAGUUACAACCUGCUACAAAGGGAGCAGUGGCCAAAAAGGGGAGCAAAAUUAACCAAACCAUUAUCGACAACAAUGGCGAUACAAUGCUCUUCUUCCCUUUUCCUUACUUCCUCUUCUCAAGUUCCCUUCUCUUCUUCCUCCUUAAAGAAGAGCCCUUUUCUGGGUUUUUCAUUUUCCACCACCUCUUCUUCAUCAAGGCCUUCUUUCCUAUCCCCAUCCCUUGUGAGAACCAAUUCAACCGUCCCAGUUCGUUGCCAAAGUCAAAAGUCGGAUGUACACAUUCCUGUGGACCAGAGAUGGAUGUUUGAAGACUCUGAAAUCGGUGGCCCUGAUAUUUGGAACAAGACAUGGUAUCCUAAAGCUGCUGAUCAUGUAAACACUGAUAAGCCAUGGUAUGUUGUAGACGCAACUGAUUUAAUUCUUGGAAGACUGGCUUCCACCAUUGCUGUAUAUAUCAGAGGAAAGAAUCUUGCAACCUAUACUCCUAGUGUGGACAUGGGAGCCUUCGUCAUUGUGGUGAAUGCUGAAAAAGUAGCUGUCUCUGGAAAAAAGAGAAGCCAAAAGCUUUACCGAAGACAUUCUGGAAGGCCUGGUGGGAUGAAAGUUGAGACAUUUGAUCAGCUGCAGAAGAGAAUUCCUGAAAGAAUUAUUGAGCAUGCUGUUCGUGGAAUGCUUCCAAAAGGACGGUUGGGCAGGGCAUUAUUCAACCAUCUGAAGGUAUACAAAGGUCCAACCCAUCCCCAUGAAGCACAAAAGCCCAUCGAGUUGCCCUUAACAGACAAAAGGAUACAAAAGGUGUAGAUUAUACUGUCAAGUUGCAUUUGGAAACAAUGAUAAGUUCAUCUUCUGCUAUUCAUACUGUUUUUCUUUGUAUCCAGUAUUGGCCUGUCUGUUCAGUUAAGUGUUUAGUUUCUAUGAUGGCAUUGGGACAUUAGGUCCUUUGCGAAUUUCCCUUAAUAACUUUCCUUGUUCCAUUUUGUGCAUUCAAUAGUAUCCGGAGGUUGUUGUGUAGCUUCACUAAUGCCGAAUAUGUAUGCAAGACAAGUGAUAUGAGAAUCACAUUUGAUGAUUAAUUGUUGAGUAGCAAGAACGUAUAGAAGUUGUAGCAACGAAUCAAUGCCAUGUUAGAUCAAUGUAUUUCUAGAAUUUAUCGAGCAGUAAAUUCUACUGAGCUCUACCGAUUAUUCUGCCAUCCCUUCAAAAAGAAGGGUCCAUUUCAUUAAUCAAUAAGGAUAGUGUACAGAAUUUCAUUCCAGGUAUCUGGAACUCCAGGUAGACACCAAUGACUACAAUCUUGACCUCCUUUUGUGUAGUUGGAUGGAUGUCCAUCCUUUCUUAAUUGAGUAAGCAGCGUGAUAUCUAGUAAGUUAACAGGCAGUUUCAUACUAUUGAGAACGUCCUUGAUCACUGCUUCUCCUGGAUAAUGUUGCCCUGGAAAUUCUGCUCCUUUAAUCGGCUUGGUUUGUCCAAAGCAGUUUGGCACCGAUGGUUCACCCCAUCCAUUCCCCCUAGUUAAAAAACAGGAAUUCAAGAACACGUCAAGAACUCGGUUUAAGAUUGACAUCUCAAAAGAGUAAGUUACAGGAGGAGGAUGUAAUGAUGAUGCUUACUGAACAUGAACGGCAGAGAUCC